AUGGUUGUUCAGCCUCGCCGCAAAUGGUGGCACAUUCAAUGGUAUGCCGACACCGACACGCCAGAGGAGCGCAAGUUGAUCAACAAACUCGACCUCCUCAUUGUACCGUACGCGGUGUUGAGCUACUGGGUCAAGUACAUUGAUCAGUCGAACCUCAACAAUGCCUACGUCGCCGGCCUCAAAGAAGAUCUCGGAUUCAAGGGUAAUGAGCUCGUUCAGCUUCAGACCUUGUACAUUGUCGGAGCCGUUACUGGACAACUGCCGAUGAUGUUUAUUUUGACAUACGUCCCGAUCCAUUGGCUCAUUCCCUUUUUGGACAUUGCCUGGGGCAUCUUUACGCUCCUCCAGUACCGCGUCACUGGAUUCGCUGAGCUCGCCGCAUAUCGCUUCCUGGUGGGCUGGUUCGAGGCCGCCUUUUUCCCAGUCAUGCACUACCUCUUUGGCUCCUGGUAUCGUGGAGAUGAGAUUGCAAGACGCGGUGGCAUCUUCUACGUCGGUCUAUCUCUGGGCACACUCACUGCUGGUCUGAUUCAAGCCGGCGCCUCAGCAAGACUCGACGGAGUGCAUGGCCUUGCCGGAUGGAGAUGGAUGUAUAUCAUCUGCUCUCUCAUUACCGUUCCCAUCGGCAUUCUGGGCUACUUCGUCAUCCCAGGCACCCCUGAACAGCCCAAUCGACUUUUCCUCAAGAGAGAGAACAUCGAACUGAGUGUGGAGAGACUCAAGCGCGCAGGUCAUUCAUCUCACGGGAAAUUCAAACUAGGUAACUUAAAGAAAGUCUUUUUCUCGUGGCAAUUUUGGGGCAUUGUCGUUGUCGACGUUCUCUUCUGGAACGCGAGCAUUCACACCUCGUCGGGCAGCUUCUUGCUCUGGAUCAAGAGUCUCAGUCGUUACUCGGCGGCCAAGGUAAACGAACUCGGCACGAUUGCGCCCGCUCUAGGCAUAUUCUACACCUUGUUCGUCUGUUUUGCCUCGGAUCUCGUCAUAGGACCCGCCUGGGCAAUCACGCUGGCAAGUGCCUGGAAUGCCCUGGGACUCCUGAUCUUGGUCAUCUGGAACGUCCCGGAAGCUGCCAAAUGGUUUGCGUUCUCGACAAUCUACGCUUCCGUUGCGAUGUCCAGCGUGUUUCACGGUUGGGUCAAUACCCAGUUGCGGUCGUCGCCGGCUGAGAGAUCCUUCACACUUGUCCUGAUCAAUGCCAUCUCUCAGUCGUCCACGGCGUGGACUCCACUCUUGGUUUUUCCCACGGUCGAGGCACCUCGAUACCGCAAGGGUUUCGCAUUUACUCUGGCCUGUGCCGUUCUUCUCAUUGUUGCGACUCACAUUUUGCGCAUGUACAUCAAGCGAAGAGAUCCUCAACUUGAGAACGCUACCGGGUUUUCUGAAAGUGAUCACGAAGACAUUUCAACUGUUGAAAACGGCAAGCAGCCCCCAGUUGCACAAACAUACGAAAUGACUUCGGUACCGAUUCACAGCUCAGCCAAUGGCGAAAAUGGCGUCAAGCCGGAAGGAAAGAAGCAAAUCUUGCUCAAUGCUUUCGACAUGUCUACCGUCGGGCACUUGUCUCCGGGGCAAUGGAAGAACCCCACCGACAAGUCAGCAACCAAGCGCGACCUGAACUACUGGAUCGACCUUGCGAAGCUCUUGGAAAGAGGAGGCAUCAAUGCGCUCUUCCUCGCCGAUACCUAUGGUGGCUACGACACGUAUGAAGGUAGCCUUGAUAAUUGCAUUCGCCGAGCGGCUCAAUGGCCGAUGACGGAUCCUACCAUUCCGAUUAGUGCCAUGGCCGCAGUUACGAAGAACCUCACGUUCGCCAUCACCGCAUCCACAUCCUUUGAGCCACCUUUCCUGCUCGCCAAGCGCUUCUCAACACUUGAUCAUUUCACCAGGGGUCGCAUUGGCUGGAACAUUGUCACUUCAUGGAAGAAGGCAGCCUUCAAGGCAAUUGGCUUGGACAGCCCUAUUCCCCAUGACGAGCGGUACGCUCAGGCUGACGAAUAUUUGCGAGUUCUUUACAAGCUUUGGGAGGGCUCGUGGGCAGAUGACGCGAUUACCCCUGAUCCUGAGAACGACAGCUAUGCCGACCCGGACAAGAUCCGGACGAUUCAUCACCAUGGAAAGUUUUUUGAUCUGGAUACACGUCACAUCGUCGACCCGUCCCCCCAAAGAACGCCCUUCCUGUUUCAGGCAGGCACAUCGGCGGCUGGUUCAGAAUUUGCGGCCACGCAUGCCGAGGGUAUCUUUGUGUCCUCCCAUUCGCCAAAGCUCCUACGCCCAAAGGUCAAGCAAAUCAGGGAAAAGGCCGCGGCCCUUGGCAGAGACCCGCAGUCUGUCAAGUUCUUCGCGACUUUCACUCCAAUUGUGGGAAGGACCGACGAAGAGGCUCAGGCGAAGCAUGAGGAACUCAAGAAAUAUGCGUCUGUUAUCGGAGGCUUGGUCCUCGUCAGUGGCUGGACUGGCAUCGAUCUAUCCAAGAUCCCGGUCGACCAGGAGGUGACCGCCGCAGACUCUCUGGAGGCGCACAAGGUACGCAGCAUUCUCGAUGCUUUCACGACAACGAGCGAGCACGUCCCCAAGUGGACGCCGCGUGUGAUUGCCGAGCGGGCGGCGAUUGGCGGGCUCGGACCGGUAUCUGUUGGGAGCCCACAAAAGGUGGCGGAUGACUUGGAGUACUGGAUUCGUGAGGGUGACUUGGAUGGGUUUAACUUGGGGUACGUCACGACGCCUGGCACCUUUGAAGAUGUCGUCGAUCUCCUCAUCCCAGAGCUGCGAAGGCGUGGGAUCUACCCAGAAGCACCCGCCGAAGACGUCGCAUUCACGGCUAGGGAGAAGGUGUAUGGGCAAGGGCAAAAGGGAUUGAGAGCCGAUCACCCGGGAUCGUCCUAUAAGUAUGAUGUAUACAAGGAGGACGCAGAUUCGGAGCGUGCAAACUCGAGUGAAUAG